CCCCCCCCUUCAAGACUACUGACCUGAGUCCGUCUUGUUUUUUAUUUUCUUCUUAAAAUUCCGAAAUCAAGCGAAGAAGGGGAAGACCAGAGAAAGAAUGCCGUCUCCGAAUUCAUCACGCUUUCUUCUUCUCCUGCUUAUAGCAACUGUCCUCUCAGAAUCAUCUUCUAUUCAUAUUGCCUUAGCAGAUCAACAAAGCUCUGGAAGCAAGGGUACAACGAAAAGUGUAGCGAAUAGAGCUCUGCUGAGCUUCAAGGAAGUUUCUGGAGGAACUAAUGUAACGUUUGAAUGCUCUCGCUCGGGUCCUUGCGUUCCCUGCCUCUACUCUGAAAAGAAUGAUGAAAAAUAUCGAUGUAGUGAGACCGGCUACCGAAUUCCUUUGAGGUGUGUGGAGAUCCAAGAUGAUAAAAAUGCAAAUGGGAGAAAGACUGUGAAUGGUAGAUCUGAUCUUGAAACCUCUUUGGAUGGUACAAAACCACAUGCGGAGCUGCAUGAUGCAGAACGACUUCUUGCUGUAAAACUUAGAAGCUUACUGGAGGAUUCAUCCACAUCAAGGGGUGGAUCACAAGCUUAUAUUACUUACAGAAGCUGCAUACCAGCUGUAAAUGAAGAGAAGUUGUCGGUAAUUGGUUUCGAGGGGAUUAUGUUGGGUCUAUUACUUAUCAGCGGGUCAGUAGUGUAUGUGAGAAGAAAGCGGACUGUUGCUGCAGCUGGAGUGGUACCAGGGAGGAUUCAGACCAACUCUAGGUUUUAAUUUGGAGGCCAGUUAUUCAAUUGGUAAGAAGUAUAUAUCACUCUUAACACAACAGUUUCUUUUUCCCCCCCGGAACAGAAGCAUUCAGCAAGUAAACCCUAUUAAGAUUCAGGCCGAGUGUAUACUAAUCAUGUGUUGUUUGCGUUUCUCUUUUUCUGUAUUCUAUAUUUGAUAAAUAAAUCAUUUUCUAAUGAACAUAGCUUGGUUUUUUCA